CUCAGUUGAACGAAAGGAAAGAAGUCAAAAACAUGAUGCCAAGUAAAGCAGGAGCAACAAGAACCACUGUUCAUGGCUACCUCUCUCUUGCCUCUGCUCCUCUCUUUCCUCUUCCUCAACUAUCAUGUCCCCUCCACAGCCAACAUUCACAAAGCCAAAAUCCUCCUCAAAUCAGACCUCCUUGUCGAACCCACAUCUGCAAAUACUUCCAAAUCCUUCAAUGAUACCCCACCAACUGUUUAUUUUGAAGUAACAAAACCCAUUGAAGUCCCAAAUAAGGUCAAACCUUGCGUAUAUACUGUUCUGCAACAUGAUUUUUGUUAUACAUAUGGAAAACCUCCAGUUCUUGCAAAUUAUACCCCUCCUUCUCAUUGUACAUCUCACCAUUUCUCCAAAAUUGUUCUUGAAUGGAAUUCAACUUGUAAAGGAAGACAAUUUGAUCGCAUUUUUGGGGUUUGGUUAGGUGGUGUUGAGCUUCUGAGGAGCUGCACAGCUGAGCCAAGAGCAACUGGGAUUUUUUGGUCUGUUCGAAAGGAUAUAACGAGGUAUUAUUCUUUGCUUACUAAGAAUGCGACUCAAGAGUUUGCUGUUUAUCUUGGUAAUAUUGUUGAUAAUACUUAUACUGGGGUUUACCAUGUGAACAUAACUAUUUAUUUUUAUCCUGCUGAAAAGAAAUUUAGUUAUACUGAGUAUGGUUUGAGUCAUUUGGUAGAUGCACAUGGUUCUAAUGCUGAUUUGAUCUUACCCAUUUCAAGAAAUUUUCCAUUGAAUGAUGGGCUGUGGUUUGAAAUUGAGAAUUCUACUCAUACCCAAUUGAAGGAAUUUGUGAUCCCUCAAAAUGUGUAUAGGGCUGUUUUGGAGGUUUAUGUUUCUUUUCACGAGAAAGAUGAAACUUGGUAUUCCAAUUAUCCUAACGAGUAUAUUGUUGCCAAUAAUCUUACUGAUACCCCUGGAAAUGGUCCUUUUAGGGAGGUUGUUGUUACUCUUGAUGGGGAGGUUGUUGGUGCAAUUUGGCCUUUUACUGUGAUUUAUACAGGUGGGGCCAAUCCUCUCCUAUGGAGACCCAUUACUGGUAUUGGUUCAUUCAAUCUUCCUUCUUAUGAUAUUGAACUUACAUCAUUUUUGGGGAGUAUAUUAGAUGGAAACAACCAUGAGUUAGGUUUUAGUGUCACAAAUGCUUUGAAUGUUUGGUACAUAGAUGCAAAUUUGCACCUUUGGUUGGACUAUAAGAGCACAAAAACUGAAGGGAAGGUUUUGAAACAUGAAAGUAAGCCUCUUGUUUUUUCUCUAGUGUCAAAUUUUAAGGAUUUGAAUGGAACAUUCUUAACGACUGCAAGGAGGUCCAUCUCAACAAGUGGAUGGGUGCAGUCGUCCCUUGGGAAUAUCACUACCUGUUUUAAUCAAUACUUCAGUUACAGCAACUCAAUGAAGAUUGGUGAUAGUGGGAAUUCGCAGAUUGUGAAUCAGAUAAUUAAUUUUAAUGACACUGUUUCCUUCAGAAAGCUUACUUCUUCUAUUCAUUCUUUCAAAUCAUCAAAAAGGUUCCAUAUUGAUAUGUACUCUGACUUAUUUGAUAAAGGAAAUGGCACUUCCUUAAUUGUGACAAACGUCACACUUGGAUUCAAUAAGGAGAAAUUGAAAGAUACUGGGUGGGGAUUUGGGACAAGCUAUCUAAAAAAUCUGCAGGAUGCACAGGGUGUUAUGGUUGUAAGGAACAACUUGGUGAUCAGUGGAGUGGGAAGUACACAGCAGGCUUACAAAUAUGAUGAUAAUAAGUUCUGCUACUUUAGGAACAUAAGCAGUUCAAACUACAGUAUUCUUUAUGACAAAGAGGGAAGCAAGUGCAAUAAGGAACAGUCUAAUCUGAGCUUUUGGAUUAGCAUAUGGUGGCCAUUUCCUACUCGAAGGACUUCUCUAGCAUCUAAAUUACCAAAUGAUAAUGGAGUGUAAUGAUAUUUUCCUUUUUUGGAUACCUUCUCAAGGAACCCAUCUUUGAUUGCUUCAGAGGUUUCCCAUACUCAGGAAACUUGCUAUUUGGCCAAUGGUUCUGCUAACGCACCUCAACUCAAUGAUAGUUAUGUUGGAUGCUUGAAAGGAUUUCCAAUCGCUAUGACCAGUCUUGUCAUUUUCAAACUGCAUGAGUUGGAAUGCACUUAAAUCUUAAGAAGAUACACAGCAUCAAGCUGACAAUACAUUUUCAAAAUGUGGUUUUAAUUUUAUUCUCUCCAAGAGCAUAGAGGACAAAAAACGAGAGUGAAUGUAAAAAUGUUGAAGUUUUGUUGGAGUCUUCAAAUGCUGUGCCACAUUAAUAAGAACACUAAGGUUAUAUCUAUAUAUCUAUUUAUAUAAAUAUAUAAUUUCUAGAGCAUGAUACUCAUUUUGUAA